AUGGAAAAAUCAAAUUCGGAAUGGGCGAAAAAUAUUCCAUGUAGAAAUGUGAUUAUAUAUGGUUAUUGUAAGAAACAAACAGAAGGUUGUCCUUUUAGACAUGAAGGCGAUGACGAUAAUGCAACUCAUAUAGCAAAACCAAAUAAUAAUAUUGCAUCAAACUCAGUUUUAGAUAAAGGUAUCAAUGAACCCGUUGCGGAUAAUGACACUGAAAGUAAUGCUGCUAUUAAUGAAAAUAAUACAUUGUCUUUAAAAUCUUUACAGUUGAAUAGCCUCAACCAACAACAAAAUACAGAGACUGCCACACAAGUAAUACCAAUUUCGGGGUUCACUUCUAUAUCGCAACUAAUACAGCCACCAUCCUCAGCAGGAAGCAUUAAUGCUGGAAUCGCAAGUUCCCCAACACCAAAUUCGGUCCCGAAAUUUAAUGCAAAAACUUCUGCUAGUUUCACUCCAAUGGGUGGCAAAGCUGAUUUGAAUACAGAAACUGCUAAUCAAAAUAAUGAAACGACCGUUAACUCUGCUGGUUUAUCUAUAACUGGAAAUAUAGCUCCACCAUUGGGGUCAAUACACCCUGUAAUCAAUACAUUGGCGCCAUCUUUUGAUGCAUAUGCUGCACGUAGUUUCACUCCUUCUGCGUCAUCAAGCAAUUUGGUAAAUGCACCAGGUAUGCAUUCAGAGUCAAUUGAGAAUCAUAACCAAAUUAUUCAGCCACAAGGUCAAAUAGCACAACAACCUCCAAUGCCUAUGCCUUUCCCAACACAACCGGGAAUGCCACAUCCAUCAUCAUCAAGUGCGCCAUCUCACUAUCCUCCAUUCCCAAUUUCACAAAUGGGCGGUGAUCCAACAGUUAUUGGCCAAGCACCACCACAUUUUCCACAGGCAAAUUUAGGUCUAAAGUAUCCAAUAAUAUAUCCACCACCUCAUAGUUUACUACAAUAUCAUUUAUAUGCGCCUGAUCCACCUCCGCAUUUCAAUUUGUCAUUAAAACCAAAUGAACAAUUACCAGAAUCAUUAUUUAUUCCUAAUAAUUUAAGAAUAGAUCUUGUGAAAAAGAAUAUGGCUGCAUUACAAAUUUUUCCUCCUGGUGGUCUCAUACCUGAUAUAGUUCAAGAUUAUUUCGGUCUAGUUUCACUUGAUUUUCAUAAACAGGAAGCUACUAAUGUUGGUAGCCAGUCUAAUCAUUUUUUUGGUCAUAAGAGUUCCUUAUACAAGGUAUUUUCAAAUGUUGAUGGUAACGUAUACUUAAUGCGCCGUAUACAUGAUGCAAAAGCAAUCGAUCCAACUCAAUUAGCACAAGCCUAUCAAGAAUGGAGUUCUGUUUCUUCAACUAAUAUAGUGAAGUUAAAGGAUUUAUUUACUACAACUAAGUUUGGAGAUACUUCAUUAUGUGCGAUAUAUGAUUAUUAUCCAUUAGCAUCAUCAUUAUAUGAAACCCACUUUGUUACCUUCCCGUUGGAAUAUGUCACACAAGACUACUUAUGGUUAUACCUUACUCAAAUAACAACUGCUAUGAAGGCUAUUCAUUCUAAAGGAUUAUAUAUCGGAGAUUCAUUAAAUUGGAAUAAAAUAAUUGUUACAGGUAAGCCAGGCAGGAUUAAGGUAGUUAGCUCCGAGGUUUUCAAGAUUUUAGAUCCAAAUAAUCUACAUAAUAAUAGCUCUACUUCAACAACUCAUUCGAAUGAUGUUAUAAAAGAACAACAAGCUGAUUUCCGCAGACUGGGUGAAUUAUUGAACAAACUAUCUAAUGCAAUCAAACCAUCUCCUCAGUCACUUUCAAAUAAUGAUACGAACUCCUCAGGAGACUUAACAAAUGCCAAAAACAAAUCUAAUUUCCCUAAAAUUGAUGAAUUAUCAGUCGAUGAGAACUUUAAGGAAGUAUUAAAAUAUCUAUUAGAUGACUCAAAUACGAAGAAAAAUAUUAAAGAAUUAUCCCACAUAUUUAGUGACAAGUUAUUCGAAUUGUUAGACUCUUCACAGUCACUCACGGAGUAUACAGAAUCAGUCCUGUCUAAAGAAUUAGAAAACGGUAGGCUAUUUAGAUUAAUUUGCAAAUUGAAUUGCAUAUUUGGUAGAAUGGAAUCAAGAGUUGAUAUAAAUUGGUCUGAUUCUGGUGAAAAAUUUCCAAUUAUCCUAUUUUAUGACUAUGUUUUCCAUCAAGUUGACGAAACGGGUAAACCUUUUGUGGAUUUGACCCACAUUUUAAGAUGUCUAAAUAAAUUAGACAGUGGUGUAGCUGAAAAAAUCAUGUUAGUAACGCCUGACGAAAUGAACUGUAUUAUCAUAAGCUAUAAGGAACUUAAGGAUCUCGUUGAAACUACAUUCAGAUCUCUCACCCAGUAG